UUUUAUAUUAUUGAUUCUAGUUAAAUCAAGUUGAACAUGCAGAAUACUGAUAUAAAUAUCUCAAAAAUAUUACUGGAUUUUUAUAAUUAUAAAGCUUUAUCAGUUGAACUAAUCAGUGGAUAUGAUGACCUUAACUAUAUCUUGGAAUGCGUUGAUUUGAGUCACAAUUCGGAACAUAGAGACAAAUAUGUCUUGAAGAUAGUUAAUGUCAAUGACUCAAAGAGAGAAGGACUCACUGAAGCUAUCAUGGACGUAUUGAGACAAAUUCCUCAAUUGCAAUUUGAGAUUCCUAAACCAGUUACUUGUACAACUGGGGGUUAUGUUGGUCAGAUUGAUACCUCUAAUGGAGUUCGAAAAGUUUGUGUGCUGGAAAACUGACUGCUGAAUUGUUUAAAAUAAAAGACCCACGUUCAGCUUUAAAACGUGUGAAUGAUUACUAUCUUAUACAAUAUAUGCAUAUUGAAGAUGUGAGGUUAAAUAUUGUAAAUGAUGAAAAUGUACGUAACAUUUGUUCUAUUGUUUUGCAAAAAUUAAAGGAUUCAAGUAUUAAAAAUGAAUUUUCCCAAAUAAGAAAAGGUGUUAUACAUAACGAUAUGUGUCUUGAAAAUUUCAUUUUUAAAAAACUUCAAAAUGAUGUCGAUAACUAUUUAGUAAAAGGGAUUAUCGAUUUUUCGGACAUGGGUAUUAGUUAUUAUGUAUAUGAAGCUGCAAUUCCUAUCGCAAGUGCAAUGUAUGCGACUGUGACAUCACCUGAUAUAAAUCCAUAUGAUGCUGCUAAAACUACAUUAUCUGGUUUUGAAAAAAAUUUUAGUCUCACAGAUGAUGAAAAAAAAUUUCUUUUUUACGCUGUGUUAGCCCGUUUUGUAUAUUUAAGAGUAAUAUGUGGAUAUGAUGCAUGUGUAUCAGAACAAACUUCUGAACAUGAAAUGCAUGAAUCUGAACCACUCGAAUAUUUUAUCAAUUUAAUGUGGAAAGAUGGUAAAAAUAAAUAGGAUAGUGAAUAUUUAACAAAAAAGUUUUGACCAAAUUUGUGAAAGUUUAUCUGUUCAAAAUAAUAAUUUUCUAAUAUACGUUUACGUACCAGGUUUGAUUCAUUCUUUCGGCUCAAAUUGCAUUUGAUUUAUCAUUUAUCAAAAAUUUAAAUGCCUCAUCAACUGAAUGCCACUGAGACUCAACUUGGUGAUUAGCUCCACUCGACUGAGUGUUUUGGGAAUUUUAUUCAACAUUGAUAAACUGUCCUGUCAAAUAGGACACUAACAUCUUUUUAUUGGUAUACCUUAUAAGUUAGCAUGUCUAUUUUCUUGCUUAUGUGUGCAUCAGCAGAAAUUUUUUUAAUGUCAUUAUAUGCAAACAUUUACUACAUUUGAAUAUGCAUAGUCAAAUUUCUUGUUUUAUAUUCUGCAGUGAAUCAUUAAAAAAUAAAUUACAGCAAAAUAAUAUUUAAAAAUAAAAUCGUAAGGUACAGGUUAUGUAGAAUUCUUUGAACCUUAUCCAAUUAAGCCUGUCAUAUAAAAGGCCAAAACUUUUUUAAAGUAUUCUAAAUUGCUAUAAUAUAUGACAAAUUAACACAUAUUGAGAUUUUUUUUUCCAUAACUCGAAUCUUUUAAUUGUUUUUAUUUACACAUUACUUUUGUAUAUUACUGUACUUACUUUGAGGUAAUUGAAUUUUAUUCGUUGGAGUGACCAGCAUGAAUGUGUAUUUAUAGCUAUUUUUAGAUUUUAUUAACAAAAUUAUAUUCAAUUAGAAUAUAAAAUAUUUACUUUAAAAUUAAAAUCAUUUUGGAAUCCUAAAUUUAAUAUUUCAAAUCUAAUAUU